AUGACAUUCACUGUCUCUAAGGAAAAACAAAAUCCUUUGACCUCUACGUAUUCUCAACGAUUGAAGAUCUAUCGAUCUUUGCAUUUUGUUGCUCUCAUUCUCUGGACUAUUUUGAUUGCUGGUGUAACUCCCGCCAAAUCUACUGCAUCAUCUCCCAAUAUUAGCAAACAAUCUAGCAUCUCUGAUCAGCCAUUCAGUGCAGAAGAGUUAUGUAAUGGGGCAAUUUUGGUGCUUACGCUAAAUUCUAACUUAACUCCCCAAUCCAAUAAUGACCUGUUAGCUCAUAUUGGUCCAGUUAAGAGAAAAUACACUAAAAUCCGAUUGGAAGACGGUCGCAAAAGUUCUGGCCCUAUCACAGAUAGCUAUCUUGAAGCUCUAGAUCAUUUGCUGGACAAUAUUUUAACUAUUGGCUACAACUGGUUGAAUUUAGCCGAUUUUUGUGGAAUAGACCCAAAGAUACUGAAAUCUCGGACUAGCUCAAUAAGGAAAUCUAGAUCAUCCAGCACUGAAACAAGAACCCGGUCAAGAAUAGCUUCUAUAGGCAGUCUCCCAAACUCUCUUACCCUUGAUGCAAGUAACUGCAGUCCGUGCUUUUUAGAGUAUAUUGCUCACAAAUUAGCCAAGAUGAACCAUAUUAGUCUUAUCUCGCUUAGUUUAUGGCACUAUGCGCUUGAUUCCAAUUUAGAGUGGAUUAAGCUAUUGCCAUGGGAAACUGAUAAGGUUUGCACACUCACAAUCUCUAACCCUCCACUAACAAAGUUAGAAACAAUCGUCGAGAGAUUGAAAUGUAUUAAGCAACUAAAAGUACCAAAGAAGAACUUGCAUGUUGUUAUAUCUUCACCAGAAGGUUUGCGUGACAUUGAUGACUCGUCUAGGUCUAAAUCAAAAGUAGAUUUAGACGGCCUUAUGCUCACUAUUGAUUACGACACGCUCGGCCAUUUCUCCUCCAACAAUAUUCGUAUCAAAGGGCUUGAGGCUUUAACGAUCACUGGUUUUCAUGAUUGGGCUCUUAAAAAUGCUUCGGUCGCCAAUCGAAUCCUCGCAGACUCCAAGCCCAGUAAGCCAUUCAUUCAUACGAAGAAUCUAGUGCUAACAUUAAGCGCCUACCUAAUUGGCAACGAAACUAGAUAUCGACAAUUAUCGUCUAAGUCAGGUAUAAUCUCAGCUACUCCGAUCAUCUUUAAAUACUCAGAAAGCGUUAUUGAAGCUUUCCGUGCCGACAUGAAAACGAUACACCUAUAUAACCGAUUCCUUGAGUUUGGAAGAAAUCCGAUUACACCCACACCUUUUGCCAACAACAGCCAAAAGGUUUGCUGCUUAGAUUUAGACAAGAUGCUAGAAGAAUCUCGCAUAGCUGAUAUUAUAGAGAACUGUUAUGAAUCCAAUCCCGCCAAUCCGAUCCAGUAUUCUAUAGUUGAACUUGCUGGACAUCAUGAAAAACUCUCAGAUCCAAAUCAUUAUUACACAGUCUUAGCUUUACUCAUUGACUGCUUUGCCACUAGGAAGAUUGAUACAAUCCUUGUUUGGCUUGGUGAUGAACUCGAAUUGGAGGAGGAAUCUAAACCAUGCUCUAGAUUGUGCGGGUUAAGAUCCAUGUUUUCCUCAUCUUCUAGAUCCAGCCAGAAUCCAAACACUGGUGCCUCCACCAAUAUCAGAUUUAUAGAGCCGACGGAAAGUCUUAUAACCAUUCCAAAAGUACCCACCACACUAGACGCCUCAAAGAAACUUACUACCAUAGAGUUAUUUCAAGUUGAUUCUCCGUUACUCGCCAAUUUGCUCCAGAAAAUCAGGACAUUUGACUGGAUUAAAUCCGUAAACGUCUACUACGCCGCCUUGUAUCACCUAAGAACAUUCAUUGACACCAUAGCUUCCACUAGCAGUUCUUCCAACUCCACUGAAACAAAUGCCGACGGCACUAACAACUCUCCCUUAGGCGUUGAAAGGAUUACCUUCAAUGAUCCCAUUAUCAGAUCGUUCUCUAUUGCCGACCUCACGAUUGACGAAAACCUUAAAGCCGUUCUAUCAAAGCUUCAUAUUAUUAUGGACUACCCAACUUACACAAAGCAUAAAGCUGAUAUUGACCGACUUUACCAACUUGGCAUGCCAUUUGCUGUGGAUUCAUCAUCUCCAAAUGUUAAAGAGCUACUGGCCCCCUCAAACCUCACCAACAUCCUAGACAUUCACAUAUAUAAUCUCUCCCGGACCACAAUGAUUAGUUGGGGUCUACAUCCUUCUGAACCAGAUGCCGAGUCCAGCACCACGCUUUUGACCAGCGGAUCUACAGGAGCCAAUCAAUCUAACCCCAACUCCACUAGCUCUAGGAGCUCUUCAUUUUCUGGGUAUGGUCCCUUAAAUGCCUUCGCUGGUAAGAAUGUCCAUCUAUAUCUGGCCCACCAAAUUCUCACAACAACCACCUUUGAGAUGGUGCUAAGCCUGAUAUCGGCACUAAAUCAGAAGGCCAAGUCUAUUGAAAUUGUCGCUGAUCAGGCAUUCACGGAAAGCCAGGUUGAUGACAUAAUUAAGUACAUGUCCAAGCCCGAUACUCCAGGUUCCAGUUCAAAUCUAGAUGCAUCCUCUCAAACAGCAACGGCCUACCCAUUGACCAUCCUCAAAAUCCGAGAGGCCUCUGGUGUAAUAACUCAGUACGAUCUAACGGCCAACCAAUCAUAUAAGAAAAACAGCACGCCGACUUCGGUGGUCGGAAAGCCUACCACAAAAAGUAUCCAUUCUACAACCCCAUCUAGAAGUGGAUCCCGCAAUGACACGACUAGACCAAAUCUUCAACCCAAUCCUGCCAAAUUAGCUCUCACUGAAUCUACACCAUCUGAAUCUAUCCCAGCCGAGGUUCAACAAGGCAACUCUACUUCACCGGAACCCACUUCACCUGAAUCUACUUCACCUGGAUCUACUUCACCUGGAUCUACUUCACCGGAACCUACUCCAUCUGAAUCUACUCUAACCGAAUCUACCUUAGUUAGCGCUGCCUCAGGCAAACUAACUCCUUCUGGAUCUUCAACCAGUCUUUCAGCUCAUUCAAACCAAGGUGCAACAAAUGCCAAAGAAGAACCAUCAGCCUCAACAGAUGAUAACGAUGAAGCAAACAGCGCUACUAGUGAUGAUAGUUACUCCUCGAUCUCGAGCAGUGAUGAAAAAGACCAUUCCACCGCCCCUGCUCAAAAGAAGCCCCUUUCAUUCUCCACCAGUGCGACAACUGACUUAUCCGCCACAACAACCGACAUCUCUUCCCGACUAUCAUUCCCCACUCAAAGCACCACCCAAAGUUCCACCAGUCUUUCCGCCCAAGAACAGACCACAAAGUCCACCCGGCGAGCUGGUCCCACCCAAAAUGAUCAAAGUCGAUAUCAAACCAUCAGUUGA